CUGCUUCCUCUGCUUCUUCCACCUCUCCUCCAACAGCUCAGCUCCCGGUGUAGUGUCGAUUGUACUGCUUCUGCUUCCACAGCCCUGCUGCCCGUCUUGCUUCUUCUUUCACCAUGUUUACUACCAAGAACUGCUCCCAUAAGAAUUCCUUGAUUUUGAAUAAACUACUUUCUUCCAGGUUUACUUCAAGAUUCAGUAGCACUUUGAAUCUUGCUUUAUCGAAAGAUUCAAAUUGUAUAAAUCUCAACAACCCAAACUACAAUUACAACCAAAGCAAUAAACUCUUGCUCCAAUCCUAUUAUACUACCAAGAACAGCCAAAAUGUCGUCAACUCUAACCAUAGUAGCUUGAUUAAUCGCUUUAAAUCAAAUCAGCUAUCCAAUCUUAAACUUGAUAACCGAAACAAUGACAAUAUUCCAAAUGACAACGACAACGACAACGAUAUCGAUCAUGACAAUGAUAUCGUAAAAGAUAGCCAUAAUAAUAUCAAAAAUCACAUUGAAAUUGAAAAUAACCCAGAAAUCGAUAAUUUAGACAUUGAAAAAAAUAUAGAAAAUCACAUUAAAGACCAAAUCAAUGACCAAAUUCAAAAAUCAAUCAAUCCAACUAACAAUAUUAAAAAGGGCCCAGGUAGACCUAAAAAAAACAUAGAAAAUAAUUCAAAUAUAUCCACCACUUUAACCUCAAAUUCCAGUUCCACUGCUUCCACCCCAGAUUCUUCCUCCUCCUCGCCCUCAUCUCCAUCUUCUUCCUCCUCCAACGAUAAUAACUCAAACUCUUCAUUUGACAUUUACCCUCAAAUGUUAGCUGUACCUAUCGAUGGAAGACCUUUAUUACCUGGAAGUUACACAACAAUAAUAAUCACUGAUCCAAAAGUUAUAGAUGCUGUUCAAGAAAUCCAACAAAGGAAGAAACCUUAUAUAACCUUAUUUUCUUUUAGAAAGAAUUCCUAUGAUAACAACAGCUCCACUUUUGUCAACAACAAUAAUACUUCUCAAAGAAUGAACAACUCUCUGGCCUCUAAUAACAAUAACAUUUUUAACGCUUUAGCAAAUAAUUUAACAAACAAUAGCGGCAAUAAUAAUAAUAACUCAAACAUCGAUUUAAGUAAGGAUACUAUCAACAGUAGUGAUGAAAUUUAUCACAUUGGUACUGUCGCUAAAAUUACUCAAAUCAUUUAUUCUAAUCACUCUCAAUGUCAACUAAUCCUAUACAUAAAUGCAAGGGUUAGACUCAACAACUUGUUUCCUAUUAAAACCUUAAAUCAAAUUGAAUUACAAAAAUUCGAUACCUUAAAAUUAAUCGAAAACCAAGUUAUAAAAGAUUUGAAAAAAGAAGGCAAAUCUUUAAAAAAGUUAGACCAAUCUUCAAAUAUUGUUGAUAAAUCCUCUAUCCACUUGACUGGUAUCGAGGACCAUAAUAAUAACUUUAUUGAUGAAAAGAAAAAAAGAAUCUUGAAAAAAUUAGAUGAACUAGAAAUCGAAAAUCCUUCAAGAUUCUUAUCAAAUUAUCCAGUCUCUCUAGUAUCUGUUUCUCCUUUAAAGGAUUUUGAAUUCAAUUCAAAUUCCCCAUUAAUUAGAGCUUAUAUUAACCAAAUCGUUAAAGCCAUUGAAGAAAUUUCAAUUUUUUCUCCCAACAGGCAUACAAAUUUGUUUGUAAAUUCUUCUGAAUUAAGAAACGAGCCUGGAAGAUUUGCUGAUACUAUUGGAAACUUAGUUUCUGGCGAUAAGACCGAAAUCCAAGAUAUCUUGGAAACUUUAGAUAUCUAUGAAAGAUUGAAAAAAGUCUUGAUUUUAUUAACUUAUGAAAUAACUGUUGCAAACAAUGAAUUGGAAAUAAACAGGAAAAUGAGGGCAAUAAUGGAAAGCAAUUUCAAUAAAAAACCUAUAAGCAUGAAACGUUCAAGUUCAAAUGAUCCCGAGGUUCCAGCUGAUGAAAAAACAAAUCUAAUUGAAAAAUUCAGGAAAAGAUUGGAAAAAUUAACAGUCCCAGAAGCAGUUCAAAAAGUCAUUGAUGAAGAGCAGCAAAAAUUAAAACUAACUGACUCCUCAUCCUCCGAAUUUGGACUUAUUAGAAAUUAUUUGGAAUGGUUAACCCAAAUUCCAUGGGGUGUUACAACACCCGACGAAUUUAAUAUUAAAUCUGCAAUCACUUCUUUGGAUAAAGAUCAUUAUGGUUUGAAAAGUGUCAAAGAUAGAAUUUUAGAAUUUAUUGCUGUUGGUAAACUUUUAGGUUCUGUUGAUGGGAAAAUUAUUUGUUUGGUUGGCCCUCCAGGUGUUGGUAAAACAUCCGUUGGUAAAUCCAUUGCAAAAGCAUUGAACAGAAAAUUUGCAAGAUUUUCUGUUGGUGGUUUAUAUGAUGUUGCUGAAAUUAAAGGUCACAGAAGAACUUAUGUUGGUGCUUUGCCAGGUAAAAUUGUUCAGUCGUUAAAACAAACACAGUCUCAAAAUCCUUUGAUUUUAAUUGAUGAGAUUGAUAAAUUGGGCUAUUCAAAUAGUCAUGGUGAUCCAUCUGCUGCAUUAUUAGAAGUAUUAGAUCCUCAACAAAACAAUGCAUUUUUAGACACUUAUCUUGAUUUGCCUGUUGAUUUAUCCAAAAUUUUAUUUGUUUGCACUGCUAAUACUUUAAGCACUAUUCCUCCAGCAUUAUUGGAUAGAAUGGAAGUUAUCCAAUUAUCUGGAUAUAUAGCCGAGGAAAAAAUACAAAUCGCCAAGGAUUAUUUAGAUCCAAUUGCCAAAAAGGAAGCAGGUUUAGAAAAUGCUAAUGUUAAGUUGACAGAAGAUGCUAUAAGGACUAUUGUGAACCAUUAUUGUAGAGAAAAUGGUGUUAGAAAUUUGAAAAAGCAAAUUGAGAAAAUUUAUAGAAAAUCCGCUUUGAAUAUUGUUAAAGAAAUUGAGCCUGAAAUUGAACCGGAAACUGAACUAGUUGAGGAAACUGUUGAAAAAUCUGAAGUUAAAGCAGUAGAUGAAGAAGUGAAUGAAGGAGGUAUUGAAAAAAUUGAUUUUGAUAGGGAAACCAUUGAAAAUAACAAAAAUGAGCAUAAUACCGAAACAAAUUCUCUUAAGGAUAAAAUACUUGGAGAAAGUUCAAGUUUAAGCUUUUCUGGAGGAGAUGGAACAUCUGCUGCAUAUCAAGCACAAUCUCAAGAUGCUGUUAAAAUUGAAAGUUCUGUUAAAUCCGAAAAUAAAGCAAAUGAGAAAGAGGAAACUACUUCGAGACUUUUAGUUCCAGAUAGUGUCAAAGUUGAAAUUAAUAAUGAUAAUCUUAAAGAUUACGUUGGACCAAUUAAGUAUUUAAAAGAUAGAAUAUAUGAUGUUACACCUCCAGGGGUUGUUAUGGGAUUAGCAUGGACAGAAGUUACUGGAUGUGCAUUAUAUGUUGAAUCUAUUUUAGAGCUGAAACUUGAUAAAAACUCACGACCAUGUUUAGAAAAAACAGGAUAUUUAGGAGAUGUUAUGAAGGAAUCCUCACAGAUUGCAUAUUCAUUUUCUAGAAUGUUUUUAAAUUCAAAAUUUCCUGAAAACCGAUUUUUUGAAAGAGCAGCAAUUCAUUUACAUUGUCCACAAGGUGGUAUAUCUAAAGAUGGGCCAUCUGCAGGAAUUACAAUGGUUUCAAGUUUGUUGUCAUUAGCAUUAAAUCAAUCAUUGGCACCAACAGUUGCUAUGACUGGUGAAAUCACAUUAACGGGUAAGGUUUUACCUAUUGGUGGUCUUAAAGAAAAAGUUAUAGCGGCUAAAAACUCUGGUGCUAUAACUAUUGUUUUCCCUAAGGAUAAUUUAGGAGAUUGGGCAGAGAUUCCAGAAAUUGUUAGAAAUGGAUUAGAACCAUGUCCCGUUGAUUGGUAUAGUGAUGUAUUUGAUAAGAUUUUCCCAGCUGAUACGAUUACAAGUGGAAAUGAUGUUUGGAAGAAAGAGUUUGAAUUGAUAGAUCAAGAAGAAAAAGCUGACAAGUUAUCAAGUAUUAAUGCCAGUGCAUCUAAUUGAAAAACAGUAUAAUAUUCUAUGUUUUUGUUUUAUAGUAUUCAACAUUUUAAUGAUUAGGGCAAUUCGAUGUAAAUAUUUUUAAUUUUUUUAUUAAAGGAAUAAAUUUUUUUCUUAAGAAAAAAAACAAACACAAUAAAAUACACUAAAGUAUACCAAAAUACUAAAAUAUACUAAAAUAUGCUAAGUUGCACUAAAACGUACUAGGUU